AUGCCGGAGCUCGUCGUCUUUCGUUCGGAAUGCUCUGCAUGCCGGGAUCUGACGUCCGUCACGAGAGCAACAUGUUUAGGCAGGACCUCACAGCAAGCGCUUCUGACAAGAGUCAGCGACAAGAGUCAGCGGUGGCUACGGGCUGCACAGGUGCUGGUUCGUCUGGAGCUCGCCCGUGUCGCAGCGGGUGCCAUUCAGUGCACCACCGCUUUGAGCGACUGCAGGAGAUGCCAGGAGUGGCAAUGGGGGCUCAGGCUAUGGGCGGAAGUCUCGGAAUUUGGCCGGCUCGACGAGGAGUUGGACGUGGUUGCGUACAACGCAGCCAUCAGCACCUGCGCUUUGGGCUCCCUCUGGCAACAAUCGGUGGCCUUGCUGGAAAAGAUUCAGCUCGAGAGGCUGCAAAGCAGCGUCGUGACAUACAGUACCGCCAUCAGCUCCUGUGAAAAAUCUUCGCAGUGGCUCCCAGCUCUGGAAGUGUUGUCCGAAGUCCGGCAGUCGCACAUAAAGCUCAACGCGAUUGCUUUCAGCGCGGCCAUCAGUGCCUGUGGCAGGGGGAGCCAGGGCCACUGGGUCCCCGAGUUGCUGAGAUCCAUGCAGCAGGUGGAGGUACGUGGGGAUGUGAUCACCUACAAUGCGGUCAUCACUGCGCAGGAGCAGCAGUCACAGUGGCUGCUGGCUCUUCAAGUGCUGUCCCAGCUGGCAGACUGGCAUCUUGAAGCUACCGUUGUCACCUAUGGCGCCGUACUCAGUGCUUGCGAAAAAGCCAGCGAAUGGCAAUCCGCUCUUCACCUGCUGUUGUCGGCUCGCGCUCAUCAGCCAGGAAACGUCAUCAUGCAGAACGCUGUUAUCAGCGCAUCUGAGAAGGCCGGUGAAUGGCAGUGGGCUUUGCACCUGCUGGUGGAGCUCGGCCAACUCUCCAUGGAGAGCACCGUGAUCUCCUACAGCUCCGUGAUCAGCUCCUUCGAGAAGGCAGCUCAGUGGCAGCACGGCCUCUUCGUACUGCAGGGUCUGGUAGAGAGGAAGAUGAAGGGCAACGAGAUCAGCUACAAUGCGGCCAUCAGCGCCUGCGAGAAGGGCCUCCGAUGGCGCUGGGCCCUCUGCACCUUCGCCGAGUUGCAUCAGGCAGAGCUGCAAUCCGAUCUCGUCACCCGCAAUGCUGUCAUCAGCGCCUUAGAGAAAGGUGCGCAGUGGCAGCGGUCAUUGGCCCUACUGGCCGACAUGUGGCUCCGGAAGUUGCCCUCCAACGUUGUCACUUGCAGUGCCACCAUCAGUGCUUGCCAAAAGGCUGUCCAGUGGGAGCGUGCUCUGUGCAUUUUGGCCACAUGCAGGGAGCAGCACGAGUGCAACGUCAUAGCAUACAACGCCACUUUGGCGGCUUGCGAGCAAGGUUCACAGUGGCAGCAUGGCUUGCUUCUGCUCAGCCUGCUGGGCCUGGAGCGCAUCGAGGAAGAUACCACCACUGUUGAAACAGCGAUGCGUUGCUGCGGACGAGCUGAACAGUGGGAGCGAGCUUUGAACUUGCUGGCGGAGCUUCCGACGCAGCGGGUGCAAACGACUCUGUUUGCCAUAAAUGCUGCGAUUGGUGCCUGCGAGAACGCUGCAGAGUGGCAGCAAGCUCUUCAUUUUUUGGUGCAGCUGGGAGAGGAGGCUCUACAGGGGGACGUGUACACGCACAGCGCCGUGAUCAGCGCGUGCGGCCAAGGGCAGCAGUGGCAGAGGGCUCUGUUGCUUUUGACACAGCUGCUCGAAGCAAAUCUCCAGGCAGAUCCGGUCACAUAUACUUCUUCCGUGAGUGCCUGUGCUUUGGGAGAACAGUGGGAAGCCGCUGCUCUGGUGCUUGAACACGCUCAUGCACAGCAACUGGAAGGGGACGUCAUCACCUAUGCGUUCCUGAUCGGUGCUUGUGAAGUCGGGAAGCAGUCGCGACACUUGUCGCAUUACUUGGGUACAAUCCCGCAAUUGGCAGUGUCGCCGCUUCAAAGAAAAUUUGCAACCGUCGGCCAAAAGAAGAAGAUCCUGCAAUUCCUGUUCUCAACUAACAGUAAGUAG